UCAGGUUCCAGCCUCAAUCCCCACUUCUCCAUUCGAAACCCUCCGUUCCAUCACCUCCUCGCCGCCAUGGCCACCACCAGGCACCUCGCUGCCGUCCGGCCUCUUCUCCGCCGUCUAUCCAGCUCCUCUGCCGCCGCCGUUUCCGCUGACCCUAUUGAUUCCCCUUCUCUCGAUCCGAAUUCGGGCGUCAUCUCCAUGAAAGGCGUCAAGAUCUCUGGCCGCCCUCUCUACCUUGAUAUGCAAGCCACUACCCCCGUCGAUCCCCGGGUUCUCGACGCCAUGCUUCCCUUCUACUUAUCGCGCUUCGGCAAUCCCCACUCACGCACUCACCUCUACGGAUGGGAAUCCGACGCCGCCGUCGAACACGCCCGAUCCCAGAUCGCCUCUCUCGUUCACGCUAAUCCCAAGGAGCUCUUCUUCACCUCUGGCGCUACGGAAUCCAACAACAUCUCGAUCAAGGGCGUGAUGCACUUCGUCUCCUCCUCCAAGCGUCAUGUGAUAACCACGCAGACGGAGCACAAGUGUGUCCUUGAUUCCUGCCGCUAUCUCCAGCAACAGGGCUACGAUGUCACCUACCUCCCUGUUCGAUCCGAUGGGCUUCUUGAUCUUGAAACCCUAACCGCCGCCUUCCGCCCCGACACCGGUUUGGUCUCCGUCAUGGCCGUCAACAACGAGAUUGGCGUUGUACAGCCGAUGGAGGACAUCGGCCGCAUUUGCCGCGAGAGGAACGUGCCCUUCCACACCGACGCCGCUCAGGCCCUCGGUAAGAUUCCUAUCGAUGUCGAUCGCAUGAACAUUUCCUUGAUGUCACUCAGUGGGCAUAAGAUUUACGGCCCCAAAGGCGUUGGUGCGCUUUACCUCCGCCGCCGCCCGAGAGUCCGGGUUGAGCCGCAGAUGAGCGGUGGAGGGCAAGAGCGCGGCAUCCGCAGCGGAACUGUCCCUACCCCACUGGUUGUCGGAUUUGGAGCUGCCUGCGAUAUUGCCAUGAAAGAGAUGGAGUAUGAUAGCAAACGGAUUUCUUCAUUGCAAGAGCGGCUUCUGAAUGGGAUAAGAGCGAAGCUUGAUGGGGUUGUGGUGAAUGGAAGUGUAGAGCAUAGGUACCCUGGAAAUUUGAAUCUUUCUUUUGCAUAUGUGGAAGGGGAGAGCUUGUUGAUGGGGUUGAAGGAGGUGGCAGUGUCAAGUGGCAGCGCCUGCACUAGUGCGAGCUUGGAGCCUUCGUAUGUGCUGCGUGCACUUGGUGUUGACGAGGACAUGGCGCACACGUCAAUUAGGUUUGGAAUUGGGAGGUUCACAACGGAGGCAGAGAUUGAUAAGGCAGUAGAGUUGACAGUGCGUCAGGUGGAGAAGCUAAGGGAGAUGAGUCCGUUGUAUGAGAUGGUGAAAGAGGGGAUUGAUAUCAAGAGUAUCCAGUGGUCUCAGCAUUGAUAAUAUUAGACGGAGAACCGGGUGUUUCAAAGGUAUAGGAAUAGCCACAGAAGAAGAAGUGUGUGAGUGAUUAAUUACUUAAACUUGUGGUUUGUCUCUAGAGCCUGUCUCUUCUCGUUAUAAAUAGGGCAAGCACUUUAGAACAGUUUCUGAAUAUCCUAUGCAUGCUUAUUGAAUAUUUAUGAGAAUGUUGGUUUUGCCCUUUCAUCAUGUUUUUGACUCUAUGAAUUAAGGCUUUUUUUU